GCCGCCCCACCCGCAGCGGCUCCCUGGAGCGGGGGAGAGUGAAUCACGUUAAAGGAACGUUCAAGCCACCAGAGAGGAAACAAGAGAAAAGCAUCCUUUGGUCGACUUAAACAAACGCACAAGGUGAGGGUAGAGAGUUAAGUUUUAUUUGGGGUAAAAUGAGGACGGCAGCCCGGGAGACAGCAUCCCAGAUACCUCUGAGAACCCGCUCCAGAGAGGCAGGGGGACGGUCAGUGUAUAUGUGAUUUUGGUGAAAGGGAAAAACGUGCAGUCAAGCACACACUGUUCACAGAAGGUUCUGCUAGUCUCGUGGAGAUUAUUACUAGUCCUGAGGAGCAGUCGUCACCAUGAAGGAUUUGGGUGUUUUCCUACAUAUGAGGAGAUACAGGAAUUGGGCUCAUAAAGUUGGCUCCUGAAAAUAUCUAUCUGAAGACCUGUUCUGCCAGUUUCUUUUCCAGAGCGCAGAGGGCCUCGUUUCAGCUCUCCGCCCUGAACACCUUCAGGCGGCGUUGGAGGUCCGCAGCUGCAGCAGCGCGCGGUUGAACCUUUGUAGGGGUAGACGGCAGGUGCCAAUGGCGAGCGCCAGUUGUCGUGGACACUUUUCAGCCUCCUCUCUCCCGCUCUCCACAUUCUGCUUCUCUGCUCAGCGGCUUUCUCCCUCUCCCCCUCUGUCUCUGUCCCUCUCGUCUGGGUUUUCCUUUGGGGUCAGGGACUCGGCUGACUCUGCCACGGGUCCCCAGGCACGGCGGGCAGCAGGGGCCACCAACAGGAGAGGAGACCUCACGGGGCGACAGCCACGGCACAGCGUGGUCCUCCGGAGCCGCCCCUGCCUCCCCCGCCCUUGGACCCCUGCACUCCUGCGGUGCUGCCCCCGGGAAGUGCAGUGGCGUGGGAGGGAGCCCGGGAUGGCGGAUGAGAUCACCAAGGCUCAGGCCGCCCGGCCUGGGAGCAACACGAUCUUCAGGAAGAUUGUUCGCAAGGAAAUCCCGGCCAAAAUCGUGCAUGCGGACGACCAGUGUCUUGCUUCCCGUGACAUUUCCCCUCAAGCGCCGACACAUUUUCUGGUGAUACCCAAGAAACAUACAUCCCGGACUUCAGCAGCCGAAUGUGGUGAUGAAAGUCUUCUUGGACAUUUCAUGACUGUUGGCAAGAAAUGUGCUGCUGAUCUGGGCCCGAGGAAGGGGCAUGGAGUGGUGGUCAGUGAAGGUUCAGAUGGGGGACCGUCUCUCUACUGUGUUCACCUCCGUGCUCUCGGAGGUCGGCAGAUGAAUCAGCCUCAUGGUUAAGCGAGUUGUAGGGAUAAGUUUCCCUUCUCUGUGCAGUGAUCAGGUUUGCAACUUCCAAUAUGCUAAACAGUACUUUUUUUUUGCCUGUGUAUGGAGAGAUUGCAGAAAUAAUUGUAAAAACUCAUACAUAAUAAAAGACAUUGUUGCAU